UAUAUUAGUUCGACCCCCCUGUCUGCUGGUACGUAAUGCGCAUGCUCUUGGCAGGCCAAAGUGACCCAGAACUGCUGUCGGGCCGAGGGGAUAUGGAAAGGUGCCCCAGUAACCUGUCCCAGGCUGGCAGACUAAUAUUUACAGGGUAGACGGAGGGAAUGAUACUCGGGUUUUCGUGAUUUAUUUUUCGGAAGUGUACUUUCACAAUGGCAUAUUUGUAUUCUGGGCACCUGAGUUGCACUUUUAGAAAAAGUCCCAGAUUCUUCCAUCAUGGUGCCGCUUUGCUGCCGAAGGGGAGGGCUUACAGUAAGGAUGUCGACUUAUCUGAGUACCUGCACAAAAGCAUCGUGCCUACCAUGCAUUAUCAGAAGAGUUUACCCAGAUUGCCUAUUCCUAAACUGGAAGACACAAUAAGAAGAUAUUUAGCUGCUCAGAAGCCUCUCUUAAAUGAUGAACAAUACAGUAAAACAGAGAAGCUGGCUCGUGACUUCCAGAGUGGUGUGGGGAAGGAGCUGCACGAGGAGCUGCUGGAUCAGGAUAAGAGGAACAGGCACACCAGCUAUAUCUCAGGGCCGUGGUUUGACAUGUACCUCUCUGCGAGGGAGCCUGUCGUCCUCAACUUCAACCCAUUCAUCUCCUUCAACCCCGACCCCAAGCCAGAACAGAAUGAGCAGCUUCUGCGCGCCUCCAACUUGGUGUGCUCGGCCAUUCGCUUUAUGAAGACCUUGCGGGCUGGCUACCUAGAACCGGAGGUUUUCCACCUCAAUCCUGCCAAGAGUGACACCGAGGGCUUCAAGAAGCUCAUCCGCUGGCUGCCCCCGUCUCUGUCCUGGUACGGUGCGUAUGCGGUCAAUGCCUACCCCCUCGACAUGUCUCAGUACUUCCGGCUCUUCAAUUCCACUCGCGUUCCCCGGCGUGGCCGCGAUGAGCUCUUCACUGAUGAGAACGGGCGCCACCUGCUGGUGAUGAGGAAGGGCAACAUGUAUGUUUUCGACGUGCUGGACCGUAACGGCAACAUGGUGAAGCCAGCAGAAGUGCAGGCGCACCUGCGGCAUAUCCUGUCCAACAGCACACCGGCUCCAGCCUUCCCGCUGGGCUUCCUGACCAGUGAGAACCGUGAUGUCUGGGCAGGCCUGAGGGAGAGGCUGCUGAAGGCCGGUAAUGGAGAGGUCCUCCACCUGGUGGAUAGUGCCCUCUUCUGCCUAUGCCUGGAUGACGAGUCCAUGAGGGACCACGUGCACACGUCCCACAACAUGCUGCAUGGUGACGGCUGCAACCGCUGGUUUGACAAGUCAUUCAGUAUCAUCGUGGCAAAGCACGGUCUGGCCGGCAUCAACUUCGAGCACUCUUGGGGAGACGGUGUGGCCGUGCUCCGUUUCUUCAAUGAGGUCUUCAAAGACACAACUCAGAGUCCCCUACUGUUGCCCAGAGAUGGCCCCGCCCCCGUGGACUCAGUCUCCGCCGUGCGUCGGAUUGAGUUCAAAUUGGACGGGCCACUCCAGAACGCCAUCCAGGAAGCCCGGGAGAAAUUUGAAGCCACCAUCUCUCAGCUGGCCAUCGGCGCCAUGGAGUUCAGAGGGGGCGGCAAGGAGGCACUGAAGAGGAGCAAGCUGAGCCCCGACGCGGUGGCCCAGCUCGCCUUCCAGAUGGCCUACCUGCGGCAGUACGGGCAGACAGUGGCCACCUAUGAGUCAUGUAGCACCGCAGCCUUCCGGCACGGCCGCACCGAAACAGUGCGGCCUGCCAGCAUGCACACCCAGAAGUGUGCUCGCGCCUUCGUGCAAGAGCCAGGCCGGCAUUCGGCUGAGGCGCUCCGGGCCAUGCUCAGCGAAUGCUCGCGGUACCACGGUCAGCUGACCCGGGAGGCAGCCAUGGGUCAGGGCUUUGACCGGCAUCUCUUUGCACUGCGGUACCUGGCCAGCACUAAAGGGCUGCCCCUGCCCACCCUGUACCUGGACCCAGCCUAUGCCACCAUCAACCACAACAUCCUGUCCACCAGCACCCUCACCAGUCCCGCCGUGAACCUGGGGGGCUUCGCCCCCGUAGUGCCGGAUGGGUUCGGUGUCGGCUACGGAGUCCAUGAUGAGUGGAUCGGUUGCAACGUCUCCAGCUACCCGGCGCGUGAUGUGCACGAGUUCCUGCAGUGUAUCCACAAGUCCCUGGAGGACAUCUUCAGCACCCUGGAGGGUUAGGGUUAGGGUUAGGGUCAGUUAGGGCCCUUCAUGGGUGAUGCCAUUACAGCGAGGGGAAGCAAGUGCCGAAUAAAGAUCUAGGCCUUCUUUUUGAAAGUUCCAGAAAUCCCUCUCCAGGGCAUCCCAGCUAUGAUCAAUCCUGUUGAUCAACCCUGAGUGAAUUUUUGGUGUCUCAAAAGUUCAGCCUCUGAGGUUCUGCUAGAUGGUGAUCUUUCAGCUGUUUUCAAAGGAUCAAAAGCUUCAUCACACUCUCCCCUACCACGGGUGAUUUAUCUACAGUUUUUAUGUGCAGAGAGCACGAUUCAACACUCAUUUCUGUCAUUUCUCUAUGAUUAUAACAUUACGAUUAUUAUUUGUGUGCCUGCACAAACAGAAAUAAGGCCAUUGUGUCUGUGAAGAAAAGUGCCUUUUAUUAAAGAUCACAAUGAACAGAUUACAUAUUGAAAAAGCAUUUUGAGAAUCUAUAGCAAUGAGCAAAAGUCUGAGUCACAUUUGCAGAAUAAAAUAAGUUCUGUUAUAUAAACUCUGUGAAUGUUUGUAGACUUGGCAUAAGGUAUUAAUAUGAAGACAAACUGCUGUUGUCCAAAGUAACCUAUAUAUUGGGAUAUCCAGGGACAAGACAGCAGGGUUCCUGUGCAAUUUUUCCCCAAUACAAGUACUUUUAAAGUAUAUUUUACUGCUGUAAUGUAAAGUUUAACUCACUUGCUAGUAUCAAGUAAAAUUUGUUUACCACUAGACUUAACAUUUGUGUAGAUAUAAAGUAAAUGUUAAUUAUAUUUAAAUUUAAGUUAAAUUUAGUUAAACGAAUCAAGUAAAGUCAACUUAAUUUUUUCAUGAACAGAAACAUCGCCGUCAUCAAAAUCUUAAGUUUA